AUGCACGGAGGCUCGGAGACCGCGCUGACAGCGUGUCCGCGCCGUGAGGCACUCGGCCUGGCACCCCGGGCACCGGCCGCUAGGGGGCCCCUCGAGGGAGAGGCGGCCGCCGGGCAUCCCCGGGGCUCGCGCCCCCUCCCCGGCCCCGGCCCCAGGCAGCCGAUCCCCUCCGGAGCGGACUGCGCGCCUCCCGCCCUCCCCGCCCGGCUGGCCCGCUUCCCGGCCCGGCCGAGCACCGUCCCGGCCCCGAGGAGGGCCGAGCUGGGCGAAAACCCGCCCUCCAGCGAGCUCAUUUCCCUAAAAAGGGAGGGGGGAGAGCGGGAGGGCGGCGAGCAAAGAAAGGCUGCGAGCGCAACGAGGGUGAGGGGACCCGGCUGCCGAGGACCAGAGCGAGCCGGGCCGAGCGGGGGGCGGGAGACAGGAAGCGGGAAGGGAAGAGGUAGCGACGCGGGGGGAGCGGGCGGCCAGCGCCGGGAGCACCUCCCCUUCGCCUCCAGGGCUCCGCUUCCCUGUCGCCCCGCUCCCGCGUCCGGGCGCGAGCCCGGCGUGGCCCGCCCGCCGCUGCCGCCGCCGCUGUCGCUGCCGCUGCUGCUGCUGCUGCUGCUCCCGCGCCCCGGGCGGCCGCUGGACUUGGCCGACUAUACCUACGACCUGGGCGAGGAGGAUGCCCCCGAGCUCCUCAACUACAAAGACCCCUGCAAGGCGGCUGCCUUUCUUGGGGACAUUGCCCUGGAUGAGGAAGACUUGAGGGCCUUCCAGGUGCAGGCUACAGUUCUCAGACAGCAAACAGCCCGAAGAUCAUCCAUCAGAGCUGCAGGAAACUUUUCUGCCCCUGGUGGCCAGAGCGCUAGCGGGCAGCCACAGAGGGAAACCCAGCAGAGAUGGAGAGGCAGACCUCGGAGCCGGAGUCGUCGGGCAGCAACAUCCAGACCUGAGCGUGUGUGGCCUGAUGGGGUCAUCCCUUUUGUCAUUGGAGGGAACUUCACUGGCAGCCAGAGGGCAGUCUUCCGGCAAGCCAUGAGGCACUGGGAGAAGCACACUUGUGUCACCUUCUUGGAGCGCACAGACGAGGACAGCUAUAUUGUAUUCACCUAUCGACCCUGCGGGUGCUGCUCCUACGUCGGUCGCCGUGGUGGGGGCCCCCAGGCCAUCUCCAUCGGCAAGAACUGUGACAAGUUCGGCAUCGUGGUCCAUGAGCUGGGCCACGUCAUUGGCUUCUGGCACGAGCAUACGCGGCCUGACCGGGACCGCCACGUCUCUAUAAUACGAGAGAAUAUACAGCCAGGGCAGGAGUAUAAUUUCCUGAAGAUGGAGGUUCAGGAGGUGGAGUCCUUGGGAGAGACCUAUGACUUUGACAGUAUCAUGCACUAUGCCCGGAACACGUUCUCCAGGGGCAUCUUCCUGGACACCAUUGUCCCCAAGUAUGAGGUGAAUGGGGUGAAGCCUUCCAUCGGCCAAAGGACCCGACUUAGCAAGGGGGACAUCACCCAGGCCCGAAAGCUCUACAAGUGCCCAGCCUGCGGUGAGACCCUCCAAGACAGCACGGGCAACUUCUCCUCCCCUGAGUACCCCAACGGCUACUCUGCCCACAUGCACUGUGUAUGGCGCAUCUCGGUUACACCUGGGGAGAAGAUCAUCCUGAACUUCACAUCCAUGGACCUAUACCGUAGCCGCCUAUGCUGGUAUGAUUACGUGGAGGUACGCGAUGGCUUCUGGAGGAAGGCGCCCCUCCGAGGACGGUUCUGCGGGGGCAAACUCCCUGAACCCAUCGUCUCCACCGACAGCCGCCUCUGGGUGGAAUUUCGCAGCAGCAGCAAUUGGGUCGGAAAGGGCUUCUUUGCAGUCUAUGAAGCUAUCUGUGGUGGUGAUGUGAAAAAAGAUAACGGCCACAUCCAGUCACCCAAUUACCCAGAUGACUACCGGCCCAGCAAAGUCUGCAUCUGGCGGAUCCAGGUGUCCGAAGGCUUCCACGUGGGCCUCACGUUCCAGUCCUUUGAGAUUGAGCGUCAUGACAGCUGUGCCUACGACUACUUGGAAGUUCGUGAUGGGCACAGUGAGAGCAGCAACCUCAUUGGGCGCUACUGCGGCUAUGAGAAGCCCGAUGACAUCAAAAGCACAUCUAGCCGUCUCUGGCUCAAGUUCGUCUCCGAUGGAUCCAUUAACAAAGCUGGCUUCGCAGUCAAUUUUUUCAAAGAGGUGGAUGAAUGCUCACGGCCCAACCGUGGAGGCUGUGAGCAGCGGUGCCUGAACACCCUGGGCAGCUACAAGUGCAGCUGUGACCCGGGGUACGAGCUGGCCCCCGACAAGCGCCGAUGUGAGGCUGCCUGUGGUGGAUUCCUCACCAAGCUCAACGGCUCCAUCACCAGCCCAGGCUGGCCUAAGGAAUACCCUCCCAACAAAAACUGCAUCUGGCAGUUGGUGGCCCCUACCCAGUACCGUAUCUCCUUGCAGUUUGACUUCUUUGAGACGGAGGGCAAUGACGUAUGCAAGUAUGACUUUGUGGAGGUACGCAGUGGACUCACGGCUGACUCUAAGCUGCAUGGCAAGUUCUGUGGCUCUGAGAAACCAGAAGUCAUCACUUCCCAAUACAACAACAUGCGUGUGGAAUUCAAGUCCGACAAUACUGUAUCCAAAAAGGGCUUCAAGGCCCACUUCUUCUCAGACAAGGAUGAGUGUUCCAAGGACAAUGGUGGCUGCCAGCAAGACUGCGUGAACACGUUUGGCAGCUAUGAGUGUCAGUGUCGCAGCGGCUUCGUCCUCCAUGACAACAAACAUGACUGCAAGGAAGCCGGCUGUGACCACAAGGUGACAUCUACCAGUGGCACCAUCACCAGCCCCAACUGGCCUGACAAAUACCCCAGCAAGAAGGAAUGCACGUGGGCUAUCUCCAGCACCCCUGGGCAUCGGGUCAAGCUGACCUUCAUGGAGAUGGACAUUGAGUCUCAGCCCGAGUGUGCUUAUGACCACCUUGAGGUGUUUGAUGGGCGUGACACCAAGGCACCAGUCCUCGGCCGUUUCUGUGGCAGCAAGAAGCCAGAACCUGUCCUGGCUACAGGCAGUCGCAUGUUCCUGCGCUUCUACUCGGACAACUCUGUACAGAGGAAAGGCUUCCAGGCAUCUCAUUCCACAGAGUGUGGAGGCCAAGUUCGAGCAGAUGUGAAGACCAAAGACCUUUAUUCCCAUGCCCAGUUUGGUGACAACAACUACCCUGGAGGGGUGGACUGCGAGUGGGUCAUUGUGGCUGAGGAGGGCUAUGGUGUAGAACUGGUGUUCCAGACCUUCGAGGUGGAGGAAGAGACCGACUGUGGCUAUGACUACAUGGAGCUCUUUGAUGGCUACGACAGCACAGCCCCAAGACUGGGGCGCUACUGUGGCUCUGGGCCUCCUGAGGAAGUGUACUCGGCUGGAGAUUCUGUCCUGGUGAAGUUCCAUUCUGAUGACACCAUCACCAAGAAAGGCUUCCACCUGCGGUACACAAGCACCAAGUUUCAGGACACACUCCACAGCAGGAAGUGACCACUGCCAUUGCAUGGCGGCGGGAACACGAUUCCUGCUUUCCUUGGUCACCCAGACUGGACAAUGAGGGUGACAGGCAGAAGGUGACACACUGUCCCUCACCCCCAGGCACCAGGACCUGCAGGGCCAAUGGGCCAGGUGUCAUCGGGAGGUGGGGGAAUUGGACUCCUUAUAAGCCACUUCCCCACUGUCCCCAAAUCAGAGUAAGGGGCCAGGGCCAGGGAGCCAGAGCUUUCACCAAGACACUUGAAGUGACCAUUCCUCCUAGAGGCCCUGCUCUGUGGCAAGACAGUCUGUGUGCAGGACACUGCUGCCUUCCUCGCCGUCUCUACACACUGUACUGUGUAUACCAGCGGCCCUAAUCUUCAUUGUAAUGUUCAUUUUAUUUUGACCCCCCGCCUCCUUAUUUUCUGGGGCACAAGUGUCUGCGCAAAUCCCCUAGGAACCACAGUGGGGAGAUACGGAGGAGGGGGUGGAGAAAUAAGACAGGGCUUCUCUUAGGCCCACUGGCUGGUCAGCCACACCAGGGCACCCCAGCCAAUAAACUGAAAGUGUUACAGCCAA